AUGCCCAAAAGCACAAGCAGGAGAACGCGCGGCGCCGUCGAGCGCAACAGCGUCAUCAAGGCAACGAAUGCGAAAAUGCUCCAAUCAAAAGCCUCAAAGAUGCUCGCCCAGUACGAGGAGGUGAAUCGCAUCUUCGACGCCCAAUUCCCCCAGAUGGCCGAGGAGCUGUCUCGGCGCCGGCGUAGCACCCAGACGUGCUCGCCUCCCUACUGCUGUUCGAGCCCGAGCUCCGACAACUCAAGCUCCAACCAACCGUCAUCUCCCUCAUCCUCCGGUGACCUACCACCACCGUCAACGUGGGGCGAGGCCCCCUCCUCGAGCAUGGCGCCGGACCACUUCCUCCCCGUGUUUUGCCCCUGGCCCGACGGCGUCGGCGACGGCACGCUGCCGCCCAUGACCGGGACCAUGCUCCCCAUGGCUCUGGAUGCGAGCGACUACCUCUUCAUGUCCGACAUGGAGGGCCCGGCUUCCGAAACCUUUGAUCAAUGGCUGACCACCGACGGCAUGGUGCUGGAAGAUGAUGUGCUCUGGCAAGACUUUCCGCCCUCCUGCGACGCCUGGUGGCAGCUGAGCGCGGCCCCGUGCGAGUCGGUCGAUGUCGUCGAGCUUCGGGAGCAGGCCGAGUCGAUGGUCGGCUGCGGGCGCGGAAAACGCAUCGAUCACAUCGUCACGGACCUCGGCCGGCUCGGCUGCCGGCUUAGGGACCAUGCAAAGGAGCAGAUGAUCGCUGCCGGAGGGCGUGUCGCUGCGUGUUAG